AUGAAUUAUUUUAAUAGAGAACUUUAUGAUGUUCAAAAGAGUUUUAUUAAAGAUGGAAUAGAAACUAUUAAAUCAAAUGAAAUUGGAAUAUUUAGUAGUCCAACUGGCACUGGUAAGACUAUUUCAUUAUUAUCAGUAGCUUUUAAUUUUUUAAAUGAAUCUGAUGAUGAUUUGUUUAAUUUUAUUUGUGGUAGAUCUCAAACUAAAAUUUACUAUUGUUCAAGAACUCAUUCACAACUAAAUCAAGUUUUAGAGGAGUUUAAAAAGGCGAGUGUUAAUUUCAAAACUGUUAUUUUAGGAUCUAGAAAAGUAUAUUGUAUUAACAAAAUAAAUAAGCUUAAUAUUGAUAUAGAACAACUUAAUGAAAAAUGUAGAGAUUUAAUAAAGAAUGAAAAAUGUGAUUAUUAUAAAAAUAGUUACUAUUCUAAUAAAACAUUAACAGUUGAAGAAAUUAAAAUUGAGGGUCUUAAAGAUCACUUUUGUCCGUAUUACAGUUCUAAAUCAAAAGCUGAUGAAUGUGAAUUGGUUCUUUUACCUUACAAUUUAAUUUUUACUAAAGAAGGUAGGGAUAGUUUACAGGUUGAUUUAACAGAUAAAAUACUCAUAGUAGAUGAAGCACAUAAUAUCUAUGAUGUUGUUAUUCAGUUAAAUACAGUUGAAAUUAAAUAUACUGAUCUUAAGAAAAUAAUUUAUUCUAAAUUUCUAAAUAAGGAAAUUAUAGAAAUUAUUAACAAAUUGUUAAGUAUGAAAUCAGAUAAGGAGAGUUAUUUAAAUAUUAUCGAGUUUAUUAAGAAAGCUAAACUAAUGCAAUAUGAUUUACUUGAUAUUGAUCAAUAUCUUAAAGAUAAUAAGGUUGCCCAAAGGAAUGACAAUACUGCAAUUUUUACAUUCUCAAAAUUUUUAAAAUUGCUAAUUUGGAGUGAUGAUAAAGCAAUUGUAUUAUUUGAUAAUCAAAGGAUAAAGUUUACACCACUCAACGCCAAAAUGUAUUUUAAAGAAAUCAACAAGUGUAAGUCAAUUAUUUUUGCAGGAGGUACAAUGGAACCAACUUCACAAUUUGAUGGAUUGUUCGAUAAAAAACUAAAUUAUUUUUCUUAUGAAUCAGUUAAUAAGAAUAUUUUACCAAUUAUACUUAGUGAAACUAGUUUAGGCAAGAAAGUUCAAUUGACAUUUGAAAGUAGGGAAAGGAUUUUUAGUGAAGUGAUUUCAACCGUUAUAACUCUAGCAAAUCUAGUUAAAAGAGGUGGUGUUAUAAUAUUUGUUCCAUCAAAAUUUUAUUUAGAAUUAUUUAAAAAAUUAAAUUUAACAGAGUUAUCUAAAAGAAGAAUUUAUUAUGAAGAUAAUUUUAACAUUUCUUAUUUUAAUACACUCCCAGAAGUUUUAGUAGCUGUAAUGGGAGGUAAAUUAAGUGAAGGUAUAAAUUUUUCAGAUGAUAUGUGUAGAUUAUUAAUAAUAGUUGGUAUUCCAUAUCCUUUAAAGACAAUUGAAUAUGAACAAAGAAGUAAAGAAGAUAAAAAUUAUGGAAUUAACUGUGCAAUGAGAUUAGUUAAUCAAGCAUUAGGUAGGGCUGUUAGACAUAAAAAUGAUUAUUCAGCAAUGGUAUUAUUUGAUCAAAGAUACACAAAACUUAUACAAAAUAUUUCACCUUGGAUAAAUAAAAAUAUCAAAAUGUCAAAAUUUAUAGACACACUAAAAGAAAUAUCAAUUUUUUUAAAUAAAAACUUUAUUUAUUUCUCUUAA